CUUUGUGCGGGCGAAGGCAGGAAGGAGGGAGGGAGGAAGGGGCGGUUGCUAGGCUGCGCGCGGGGCCGAGUGGGCCUGCCUCAGCCGGGGCGGCCUGCCCUGCCAUGGCCUCUACGCCGCUCCCGCCAGCGGCUUCUCCUUCGGCCGCGAAGGCGCCUCCGUCCCCGGCUGCCGGGCCCUUGUGCGUGCUGUGCUGCGGGGAGCUGGAGGUGGUGGCGCUGGGCCGGUGCGAGCACCCCGUCUGCUUCCGCUGCUCCGUCCGGAUGAGGGCCCUCUGCGGCGGGAGGUACUGCGCCGUCUGCCGCGAGGAGCUCGACCAGGUGGUCUUUGGGAGGAAGCUGACAUCAUUCUCCACAAUCAACCUCAGCCAGUUGCAGCACGACAAGAAAUAUGACAUCUAUUUUACUGAUGGAAAAGUUUAUGCUCUCUAUAGGAAGCUUUUGCAGCACGAAUGCCCAAUCUGCCCGGAAGCCAGACCUUUUGCCACUGUUGGGGACUUGGAGCAACAUAUGAGGAAGCAGCAUGAACUCUUCUGCUGCAAACUCUGCGUGAAGCACUUGAAGAUCUUUACCUAUGAGCGCAAGUGGUACUCACGUAAGGACCUGGCUCGGCACAGGAUCCACGGGGACCCCGACGACACAUCUCACCGUGGCCACCCCUUGUGUAAAUUUUGUGACGAGCGCUAUUUGGACAACGACGAGUUACUGAAACACCUGAGAAGAGACCACUUUUUCUGCCACUUCUGUGAUUCUGACGGCGCACAGGAAUAUUACAGCGAUUACGAAUACCUCCGGGAACACUUCCGCGAGAAGCAUUUCCUCUGUGAAGAAGGCCAGUGCAGCACUGAGCAGUUCACCCAUGCCUUCCGGACUGAGAUAGACUACAAGGCCCACAAGACGGCCUGCCACAGCAAGAACCGGGCAGAGGCCCGGCAGAACCGGCAGAUUGACCUACAGUUCAACUAUGCGCCAAGGCAUCAGCGGAGGAACGAGGGUGUCGUGAGCGGGGAAGACUACGAAGAGGUUGAUCGAUAUAGCCGCCAAAUGAGAGGAGCUAGGACAGGCCUGCGAGGUGGGCAACAAAACAGGAGGGGCAGCUGGCGAUACAAAAGGGAAGAAGAAGACCGGGACAUUGCUGCAGCGGUCAGGGCCUCAGUCGCUGCCAAAAGGCAAGAGGAGAAAAAGCGCGGGGAAGAAAAAGAGGAGAGUGUCCGUGGGAAGAAGGAGGAUGCAAAGGACCCAGACUUGAACGCCUUAAAGCGAGGACCAAAGCCUCAGGCUGAAGCACCAGCUCCCAAGGAAGCCCUUCCGAAUGCCAUUCUGAACCAGGAAGACUUCCCUGCCAUUGGCACGCCAGUUGUGGGCUGUCUGCAGAGCUCCUCCCAGCCAGCCCCAGUCAAGCUGGAUGAAGAAGACUUCCCCAGCCUCUCUUCCUCCUCCACUCCCGCCGCGUCCUCGGCCCUCUCCUUGAGCUACACAGCCACCGCCAAGAGGUCUGCCUUCCAGGAGGAGGACUUCCCGGCCUUGGUGUCCCGCGUCCAGCCAAACCCGGUCUCGGCCCUCACAUCCGCCUGGAGCUGCAGCUCUGGCAAAAACGUGGCCCGGGCCGUAGCCACCGUUAACUCCAGCCAACCACCUCGGAAAGCAGCCCCAAGUGGUGGCACAAAGGGGAUCAAAAAGACCAAGGCGGCGCUUCUUUCCGGAGAUGAGGAGGAUCGAAGUGGCGGUGGCCUCACCACCCAGGAGAUCCGCACGGCCCCAACCAUGGUGGACGUUUCCUCCUUGCUGGCCACCUCCAGUUCCCAAGGGUUCAUUAGAGUGGGCCGGAAGAAGAAGGUUGGGGCAGAGAAGUCAAAGGCGGCCUCGCCCCCCACGUUACAGGAAGCCGCGCCCGACCUGGCUUCGGGAGAGAAGGGGCCGGAUGUUAAGCCCUCCCCUGACCUCCCUCCAGCAGCGGCUGUUGUGAACGGCCACUCUGAGAAGGCCUUCCUCCCUAGUCAGGCUUCCAAAGAGCCCCCCGGCCUCAAGAAGCCCCCUGCCGCGAACCAGGCCCCGUUGCCUCAAGAAGAUUUCCCUGCCCUUGGAAAUGCAGGACCGCCCCGAAUGCCUCCCCCUCCAGGUUUCAACUCUGUGGUGCUGCUUAACCCGCUGCCGCCUCCUGGGCUGUCAGGCCCCCUGAGCAAACCACCCCCGGGCUUCGUUCCAAUUACACCUGCUUCGGAUACUGCCCCUGCUCCUCCAAAAGAGCCAAAACCUUGCCAAGGACCCUACCUGAUCCUAGAAAACUUCCAGCAGCGGAACAUCCAACUCAUCCAGUCCAUCAAGGAAUUCCUUCAGGACGACGAGUCUCAGUUCAACAAAUUCAAGACCUAUUCAGGGCAGUUCAGGCAGGGCCAGAUUUCUGCAGAGCAGUAUUACCGGAGCUGCCAGGAAUUGCUUGGUGAGAACUUCCGAAGGAUCUUCAGUGAGCUGCUGGUGCUGCUGCCAGACACGGCCAAGCAGCAGGAACUGCUGGCCACCCACAACGAGGCCCGGGCCAAGGCUGGGAAGCCACGGAAGAACCCCCGCAAGGCGGCCUGGCAGCCAGAGCCAGGCCUGGGCCUGGACUGUUGUGUCUGCCCCACCUGCCAGCAGGUGCUGACCCUGCAGGACAUGGCCUCCCACAAGGCCUUGCACUUGGAGCAGGAGGAGGAGGAGUUCCCAUCCCUGCAGGCCAUCAGCCGGAUCAUCAGCUAGCUGUGCCAGGUGAACCAAUAAAAAAGGGCCGUUUCCAUCUUUUAAAAAAGCAAACAAGCAACACAUGCUUCUUGGGGGGUGAGCUCUCAAGAGAGCAGAUGGCGCUGUGGAUGUCUGUGUGAGUUGGAGGGGAAGGAAAAGGCGCUGGCAUAUUGGGGAGGCAGUGGAGCCAGGGCAGCUCUUCUGCUUUUUCUGAAUAGGCUGGCAUCACAGGGUCACAGGCUUUGUGCCUUGACUCCCCACCAGAGGUGGGGGAUUUGCUGUUUUCUGAAUGUAGGCAUGGAGCGGGGUAGGGACAUUUUUCUUGAAAAAGGUUAGGAUGGUUAGUCAUAAAGGGGAACCAUUGGGAAUGGCGAAAAGUGCAGGCAGAAGAAGCCUGGGAGUGAUGAUAGGUGCAACGAGCCCUGUCCCUCUUCACUCCUUUCUUUAUGGCAAAUUUGAAGCUGCUGUUAAGCCUUUAUAUUGUUUUGGGUAAGAGAAUCCUCCUUAUUUCCUUCCCUUUCUGUCCUCCUCCAUGUAGGAACAGACCACAUUGUGUGUUUUUCCUUCUCCCUGUAAACAUUCAUUUCUAGCCUAGAGGUACAAUUCAGGUUGUGUUCUGCAGUUUGGGAGGAAGUAACAGCACUCCACCUCUGACUAGCCAGCUCAUUAAAGGCAGCUCCACAUUGAUUAUCAUCCAAUGCUGCCGUCUCAUGCCUCCAAACUCCAUGUCUGGUGGAUGUUAAUAAAGGGCAACAAGAUAGGAGGAUCUCUUUAGUCCUUCUGCAGAACGGCCUUGGCUGACGUUUUGUGUUUCCUUCCAGUAAACAAAUCAGUUGCUUGGCUUAAGGAGUGAAAAACCCCAAAGUUAAAAUCAAAAGAAUAUAGGGAGCCACAUUGGAUGCCCAUAUAGACCAGUAAUAUCAGCUGCAACUGAUAGCUUUCAGGUAGAUUCUCUCAAUGCUAUGGCUUUCCCCAUCCAAAGACCAACCAGGCUCACAUGUACCCAGAAUUUGUUGGUUUUUUUCGGUGUUUGGAGGUUUGAGGCACAGGAAGGGUAGAGAUCUAGAUGCCACAAAAGAGAGGGUUAGGGAUAGCAUAAGGCCUGCAAGCUGGAUGACCUCUCUUUGGGUCUCAGGCCUUGGCACUGGACACCAUGCUCCUCAGAACGCUUCUCCCUCCAUUGAUUCCUGCUUGGAUUCCCACAGGUUUUGAUGGGGCAAGUAUAGCAACAAACGAAGCAGCUGCUGUAGAUGCCACCUUCCUACUUGGGGUUUUAACAGACACAACUCUCAUAAAACAGGGCACACACCUAACUCAAGUCUCACAAAUCAUCCUUUGCAGCCCAUGAUCCAUUUUGUUGCCUUGUCUGGAUCUCUGGCCGUAUGUUUCCCCUGCCUUUAGCCAAUGUUGACUUAAAUAAACCAGGGUCAGUGACGCUUCCAUUGUUCAGAAAAGUUCUCAGUUGUUACAGAGAUUCUCAGUUGUUCUAGAUGGCCACAGGCUGCAUUCAAGGUCUGCUUUAUCCACGGCCUCCUUCUUCCUCCCCUUGGUUUCCGUCAUAGGAUGUUACUGGAGACACCGUUAAAUCUUAAAAUCUUUAUUGGAAAAUAAGUUGCAGUCAGUUCACAGACAAUUAAAAGUACACAAUCACA